AUGGUGAAACAGGGGAUCAAGGAUGCAUUUAAAGCUGGAUGUGUGCUGCAUUCAGGGAGAUUCGGCAAUAACAGCAGCUCUAGCAGAAUCGGCAAGUGCGGAGGGCCUGGGAAGCACCCAGCCCCACUAUCUCCUCCUUUUCCUCCCCCCCUGCAGGACCAUGCUUGCGUGAGGGAUGAGGCUGUGCACAGGGACACCAGGCCAGAGCUGCGGCCUACUUCUCAUAAGAGCCGGUCUCUCGACUGCAAGACCUGUGAACACAUUGCCACCAUCAAAUCAGCAUCUUUGGUCAUCAGGUAGAUCCAGGAGCAUGAGCAGGACUUUGAGCUGCGGGAGCAGAUGUCUGGGUAUAAGCGCAUGCGGCGGCAGCACCAGAAGCAGCUGAUCGCCCUGGAGAACAGGCUAAAGGCUGAGAUGGAUGAGCACAGGCUCCGGCUGCAGAAGGAAUUAGAGACACAUGCGAACAACACUUACAUUGAGCUGGAACGACUGGCCAAACGACACGCUGCUCAAGUUGACAAAGAGAUGAAGUCAUCAGCAGCAGAAGAGAGGAGGAUCCAGCAACAGAUUGUUGCUCAGCAAAAGAAAGAGCUGACUUCUUUCUUGGAGACUCAGAAAAAGGAGUACAGGCUUUGCAGAGAUAAGAUCAAGGAGGAGAUGGGUGAAGAGCCUUGUACACCUAAGGAGGAAAAACAGGAGCGUCUGUCCAGGCACAAAGAAACAAUGCAGCGCUCUCAGGCGGAGGAGGAGGCUCACCUGCUGGCCCAGCAGAGGCUGGUGUAUGACCGGAGCUGCAGGGCCCUCAAACGCCGGAGUCUGAUCAGGAGGCACGAGUUUGAACAGGAGCAACUAAGAGAGGAACUGAACAAGAAGAGGACCCAAAAAGAGAUGGAGCACGCACUAAUGAUCCGACAGGACGAGUCCACGCAGGACAUGGAGCACAGGCAGCUGCAUGCGCAGAAGCUGCGGAUUGAGCUCAUGCGGCUGCAGCACCAGACAGAGCUGGAGAACCAGGAGGAGUUACAACAGCCGCGGGCAGAGAGAGCUACACAGGAAACACACUCUGGAGCAGCGGCAGAGCCCAGAAACCUUAAGGCUCUGGAGAUGCAAAUAAAGAAACAAUUCCAGGACACCUGUAAGGUACAGAACAAACAGUACAAGGCUCUGAGGAACCAUCAGCUCGAGGUCUCUCCCAAAGGCGACCACAAGAAUAUCCUGAGGAGCCUCAAAGAGGAGCAGACGCGCAAGCUGGCUAUCUUGGCGGAGCAGUACGAGCAGAGCAUCAACGAGAUGAUGGCCUCACAAGCGAUGCGAUUAGAUGCUGAGCAGGAAACAGAGUGCCUGGCUCUGAAGCAGCAGCUGAAGCAGGAGAUGGAGCUCCUGGAUGCCUACCAGAAAAAAACCCAGUCACAGAUGGAGACCCAACACGAGCGAGAGCAGCAGAAACUCGAGCAGAAGAUCUCCAUACGCAGAGCGCACCUUGAACAGAAGAUUGAAGAGGAACUGGCGGCCCUUCAGAAGGAGCGUACUGAAAAGAUAAAGCACUUGUUGGAGCGUCAGGACAGAGAAAUGAACACUUUUGACAGUGAAAGUAGAAGCCUGGGCUUCGGCAGCCUGGGGUCUCUGGACUUCCCCAAAGAAGACAACAGAUGAAAGUGGAUUUAUCUCUAGAGGACAACAUAUCCGUGCCGCUUCUCACGUCCACUCGACCGUUUGUCACAUCCACAGUGACAAAGCUGGAUAACUCUAUUCUCUCUAUUGCUUUUUCUUCUCUCUUAGAUAUCGCAUCUUUGACUCUAGGUGUUAACGUGCAAUGAGAACUUCUUUUUUGAAACUUGAAGGGGGAAAGUCAAACAAAAGACAACAACAUGUCAAUAAAACUCAAACCUAGUCAAUGUAACUCCAAACUUAUGUGUUUCAAAAUAACAGACUCUUUCCUCCAUGCCAUUUCCUCCUUUUUGGUAUGAAUAAAUCAGGAAAUUUUAGUAAAAUUGGCACUUUGAUAUGUUUAAGUAGAACCCAUCAUGUUCGUAUGAUGCUAAAUGUGUGUGCUACAUGGAGGGACAUUGUGGAAUGUGAGCUGCGGACUCCCCCGUGGUGUUAAGCUGCUUUGUCUUUUUUAAAUUAAUUUGAUUUUAGUUUCUUCUAAUUAUUUAAUGCUCUGAAUGUGAAUAUUACUGUAUGGGGUCACUGGAAAAAGUCAGACUUUAUCUGUUUUUCUUUUCGGUCAUACUUCCAUAUUGUGCUUAUGCAUACAGUAUACUGUGGUCCCUCACUUUCAUAGGCAACCGUUCUUACCUUUUCUUUCAUUUGAUAUGUAGGAUCAAUUGGCGUUAGCUUGAUCAACCCAUUUAUCUUCUCACAACUCAAGAUCCCACUUGGUAAAAACUGCUUAUAAUUGCAUGCACUUUAAGGACAAAUUCAGGUUGUGAAGUGAAGCAUGAAUCUGUCAGAGAUUUUAGCUGUUUGUAAAUAAAAGCAUUUUUUUUUGUUUCGUUUAAGCCUAUGGAUACUGGACAUAAGCGCCAUAUUUGAUAUGAUAAUUUCACAAAUGCCUUUCUUUAAGUUGUGCCUGAAGCAGAUUUAAGUUACGUGUUUGUUCUAUCUAUAUUUGAUUUAUUUGUUUACUUACUGAGGCCGGCACCAUUUUCUUUUGGUUUCAUCUAAACUUGUGAAUCAUUUAAUGUUCACUAAUCAAAGUUCUUGUAAAGGAAAAAUGGUGAGAAUUGUGCUGUAUAACUUUUGAUAUGAAUAUUUGUACAUGAGAAUAUAGCUAGAACAUACAGAGACGUUGGUCUAUUACUGAUAACAGAGCUUAACGAUAAAGACCUUGCUUCAUUUUUGUUUUAUAAUAUAGAGAUAUGGUCAUACGAUAGCUCAAUAUAUUGCUAAGUCGAAUCACUAGACUCUCAGAUUGUAUAAAUGCUGGUGAAUGGAACCACAGACUUCUUAUGAUAUCUUCUUAUAAGCAAACACAACAACAUGUGGGUCCAGAUUGCAUUUGAGUAAUUAGUGUCUAAUGAUCAGAUUUACAUAUUUUUUGCCAUGUUCAUUAUGGUCAUUGAACAGGUUGCACAAUGUUUCCAUUCCUACUGAAUGGAAAGAUAAUUGUUUGGUGCUUAAUUUCUAAUACCACCUUUAGCCUUGUAGUUUUCUGUCUUGGAGAGACGAUUGAUUUUUACAAAAUGUAAACAUUCUUAGACCCCCUUUGAGUCAAAAUACUGAUAAGUUUUUCAAACACUCAUGACGUAUUUAGGGUACCCCAUGCAGUGAAACCCUCUAAAAUGAAGUAUAUGUAUGAAAAAAUAAAUACUAUUUUAUCACGGGUCAGUUUUUUGAAACAUUGUUUAAUGUGGUGGUCUUGAAUGCAACCCUGUUAUGUUUGGCAGGAUCUGUACCUGUUUUUAUUUUACAUUUUAAAGCCACAACUUGUAUUAAUGUUUGAUCAUUUUCCUCACAGGGCUGCAAGGUGGAAGACGUCCCCUGAAUUAAAGUAUUUUAAACGGAGGAAUUACAAUGACGUUGAAUUUCUGAUGGCAAUAUAUGCUCUUGUUUUACACGUAGAAACCUAAAUUCUGAAUUUGUUAUGUUUGACCAGAGUGUGUUCUGAACUUUGAAUGGCUCCUCUAGAUUUUCCAGCCUUUUACAUUUUCACAAACUUUCUGAAAAUUUGAUGAAAACGUUUCUCAUAUGCAGUACGGCCUUUUGUCUGGUCACAUAUAACUGAAGCCUUUGCGGACAAAUGGUUCCAUAAAUAAAAGUGCUAUUGGGGUGCUUGAAUGAGGUUUGCCUGAGAGCUUCAGAACAGUUAUGAACCUUACAAUUUGUGUGAAUUUUACGUUACUACAGAGAUGUAUUUAGUUAGAAUAAAAGGGGACUUUCCUAAACAACCUUAUUCACCAUUUCCUGUGCAGUUCAAAGACAAAAUAAAAAGAGAUUCUGUUGAAAAAA